GGUGGCUCAAGUUCUGCUUACGCUGCCUUACUCAUUUUCCCAGCUGGGAAUGCUUUCUGGCACCCUUUUUCAACUCUUCUACGGUUUGCUGGGUUGCUGGACUGCUUACCUUAUUAGCGCACUCUACGUUGAAUACAGAACCAGAAAAGAGAGAGAAAAAUUUAAUUUCAGGAACCAUGUCAUCCAGUGGUUUGAAGUUCUUGACGGGCUCCUCGGGAAGCACUGGAGAAACGUUGGCUUGGCCUUCAACUGCACAUUUCUUCUUUUUGGAUCUGUUAUCCAACUCAUAGCUUGUGCAAGCAACAUAUAUUACAUAAAUGAUAAUUUGGAUAAGAGAAGUUGGACUUAUAUCUUUGGAGCGUGCUGUGCCACCACUGUAUUUAUCCCUUCCUUCCACAACUACAGAAUCUGGUCUUUUCUUGGCCUCCUCAUGACAACCUACACUGCUUGGUAACUCACUGUUGCUUCUCUCCUCCAUGGCCAGGUGGAAGGGGUUCAGCAUUCGGGUCCGACUAAAUUGGUUCUAUAUUUUACGGGGGCCACAAACAUUCUCUACACAUUCGGGGGACAUGCCGUCACUGUGGAGAUAAUGCAUGCGAUGUGGAAGCCUCAAAAAUUCAAGUCCAUAUACUUACUGGCUAGUGUGUAUGUUCUGACACUGACGCUUCCAUCGGCAGCAGCAGUAUACUGGGCAUUUGGAGAUAUGCUUCUUGAUCACUCCAAUGCUUUUUCUCUCCUUCCAAGGUCACCCUUCCGUGACAUGGCUGUCAUUUUAAUGCUCAUCCACCAGUUCAUAACAUUUGGGUUUGCAUGCACGCCACUGUAUCUGGUGUGGGAGAAAGCAAUAGGGAUACACGAGUGUAGGAGCCUCUGCAAGCGAGCUCUUGCGAGGCUACCAGUGGUGAUCCCCAUAUGGUUUCUUGCCAUAGUCUUCCCCUUCUUCGGGCCCAUCAACUCCACCGUUGGAUCUCUUCUUGUCAGCUUCACCGUUUACAUCAUUCCCGCCCUCGCUCACAUCUUCACCUUCAAAUCACCCGCUGCUCGACAGAAUGCGGUGGAGCAACCUCCGAAGUUGGUGGGAAGAUGGGCCGGUGCGUACACGAUCAACGUAUUUGUGGUGGUGUGGGUUGUGGUGGUAGGGUUUGGAUUCGGUGGAUGGGCAAGUAUGGUUAACUUCGUACACCAGAUUGACACAUUCGGUUUCUUCACCAAAUGUUACCAGUGCCCCUCGCCCACCUCCGUCCACCCGCCGCAACUCAACGCAACCGCGCCUUCCCCUCUCCGUCACUGACUCUUCAAUCCUCUUAUUAUCAUCAGUACUCCAUUCUCUAUAUACUUGACU